AUGGAUUCGACGGCGGCCCUAUUGCAUUUCCGGGCUAUUCCACUGGCUGAUCGGUUGAAUCUGAGCACCGGGGAGAUGGGCAAUUUCUCCGAGUAUUCGCUUGAGAGCAAAACGGGUACUCCGGCAGUGGCAGCGGCAGGUUGGGGAGCGUGGGCCGUACCCGACUGGACGGUCCUUGGCGGCGGGGCCCCCUAUGGCGAACAGUUGCCCCCGCCACAGCUCCUUAUCUGCUUCAUUCUACUCGUUUCCAUCAUCCGCCUGCUGCACAUCUUCCAAUCGCCGCGCAAGCCCGAGGUGACGCUAGGCGACAGCAGCGACAAGAACGUCAUCGCCGAGAUCGUCGCCGGCAUCCCCCUCCUCUCCGAGCCAUAUCGCCCCCCACCACUCUGGGGCAAGAGCGGCCAUGUGCAGACGGCUGCGUACGGUGUCCUCGGCCACGCCAAUCUGAAGCGGACGGCCGACCGACGAAUUCGACAAGUUCUCCCCGAUGGAAGCACGGUUGUGUUUGACGUGUUCGAGCCGCUCUGCCCCCACCCUUCCAACCGUGACAUCACCUUCACGCUGACGCCCGGCAUCGCCAACUCCAGCGAGAGCAACUAUAUUAGGACGCUCGUCCACUCGGCCCAAGAAGGCGGCUACCGCUGCAUUGUGCUCAACCACCUCGGCGCGCUGCGCGACGAGAAGCUGACGGGCAGCCGGAUUUUCUGCUACGGCGGCAUCGAGGAGCUGACGGCCAUGAUGGACUGGGCGAUGGCAGAGUACCGGGAUACCCGCUUCACCCCCAUCGGCUUCAGCAUGGGCGGCAAUCUGACCACGCUCUACGUGCUGUCGACCAAGGCCGAUCCGGAGAAGAGUUCCCGGCUGAUGAUGGGGCUCUCGGUUGGCCAGGGAUACUGUGCUCUCUCGUCCACCCCGUUCUAUCAUGAUUGGACGAACGGGCGCCGCGCGUACAACUACAUCAUCACGGAGAAUAUGAAGCGACUGUUGAGAUCCCACUACGCGGAAGUCGUCGAGCCACACGUGAAGGCGGGCCUUGUCGACGAGCAACGCCUCUGGACGGCCACCUCCAUCGUCGCCUUUGAUGAACAGUACAACCGCAAAGUGUUCGGCUUUUCCUCGCUGGAGUCGUUCUACUCGUGGGUCUCGUGCCUUCCCCGUCUCCAAGCCUCCGAGCGUCCCCUCCCCAUCCCGAUGAUCUUCCUGAAUGCGCGCGACGACCCGAUUGUGCCCGAGGCCCUGUGGGAGCCGGUUAGGGAGAUGUGCUCGCAACGUGACGGUGUCGCCUUCGUGCUCACGGCCCAUGGCGGCCAUCUCGGAUUCCUGGAGGGCGGCUCGUUCUCCCCGAAAUCGGUCACCUGGCUCGAUCGCUUCAUCCUGCAAAUGGCCGACUCGGCAGUGCGAACGAUG